UCUGCAAAUUCCUAUCUGUCGUCUGAUUGUCAGCUUGACAUCAUUAGUGAGAUGUGUAGUUUCUACAUACUGAUCCAUUAAAACAAAGGGUAGAGCAGCUGGAGAGUACAUUUUUUUGACUUCAUAUUUCGGAAUUUGCACAGAAAUACCUGAAAUUAAGAGCAACACAAAACGAAAUUGAGAAAAAAUGCCAAGUACCAGGGAUAAAAUUUUGAUGGGCCUCGGAGGGGUUGCGGGUGUGUCUGUGGCAGCAUGGCAGACAAUGUUUCCAUGGCUUAAGUAUGACCUGCAGUACAUGAAGUAUGGAAAAGGGAUUGGACAGAGAUUGGCACAAGAUGUAGCAAAGGGGAGAUAUAUAAUUGACAUGUUUGAAGAUAGUGUUGAGAAAUUCCCCAAGAAACCCAUGAUCAUAUUUGAGGACAGAGAGUAUACCUAUGAGUUCAUAAAUGAACAAGCCAAAAAAGUGGCCAAUAUUGCGUAUGAGUGGAAUUUUCAGAUUGGAGAGACAGUUGCCUUAGUUUGUCAGAAUUCCCCAGCAUUUGCUUGGACAUUUUUAGGGCUUCAGAAAGUUGGUUUAGCUGUGGCAUUCAUAAAUUAUAACAACAAAGGAAAGCCUCUUCUACACUCAAUCACAGUCAGUAAAGCAAAAGCACUAAUUAUUGGAACAGGUGAUGAACUGUUCCAUUCUGUUGAGGAGAUCCGUCCAGAACUAAACAUUCCAUUAUAUUUAUAUGGUACUUCUGGCAAUAAUGUUCAUGAAGGUUACAUUUCAAUGGAUGACCUUUUGCUUAAUGCCCCUGGGGCUGAAAUCUGCCGGAGCUGUAGAAGUAGUUUCACUUUGGUCACCCCUUGUAUCUACAUAUUUACAUCAGGAACAACAGGUUUGCCCAAGCCAGCCAUAUUGAAUCAAGGAAAGUGUAUUGGCUACUCUAAGUUCCUGCAGAUUGGUAUGGUAACGCCAGAGGACAGAGUAUAUACCACUACACCACUUUAUCACAGUGCUGCCACCCUGGCUCUGUUUAGUGUCAUGGAUACAGGUGCUACAAUGGUUCUCAGAAUCAGAUUCUCUGCAUCACAUUAUUUUGAGGAAUGUAGAAGGCACAAAGUAACCAUUGCUCAAUAUAUUGGAGAAUUAGCCAGAUAUCUCUUGCAUGUUCCAGAGAGUCCUGAGGAUGGAAAUCACUGCAUCAGAUUUAUGAUAGGAAAUGGGCUCAGAUCAGACAUAUGGGAAAAAUUUCAGACGAGGUUUAAGAUUCCAAAAAUCAUAGAGUUCUUUGGAGCUUCAGAAGGGACCGUUGCUUUUGUGAAUACGUGGGGGAAAGUAGGAGCCUGUGGGAGACUGUCCCCAUUCCUGAAUAGGUUGGCACCAGCCAAAUCAUAUUUAGUGCGUUAUGAUCCAAACACUGAGACUCCAUUGAGAAACAAAGAAGGACGAUGCAUUCCUUGCAAAAUAGGUGAGCCAGGUCUUCUUAUUGGAGGAAUGGCUAACCCAGCUCUGUUCAAAGAUGGCUUUUAUCUCGGAGGCAAAGCAAUUAAUGAGAAGAAAUAUGUUAGAAAUGCCUUUCAAGAGGGAGAUGCCUUCUUUAAUUAUGGAGACUUGAUGUAUGUUGACAAGGAUUACUUCUUAUAUUUCAAAGAUCGAGUUGGAGAUACUUUUAGGUGGAAAGGUGAAAACGUGUCCACAAAUGAAGUAGCCAAUAUUCUGACAGGACUACCUUUCAUACAAGAUGCUAAUGUAUAUGGAGUAGAAGUACCAGGUAAUGAUGGUCGAGCUGGAAUGGCAGGAAUUUUACUGAAGAAAAAUGUAGAGUUUCACACAGACCUGCUCCCCAAGAUCUACCACCACUGUGAAGAGAACCUGCCACACUAUGCUCAGCCAUUAUUCCUCCGAUUCAUCAAAGAGAUGCCACUUACAGUCACUCACAAACAGAGGAAAGUGGAAUACGUGAAGGAAGCAUUCAACCCAGCCGUCAUCACUGAUCCUCUCUUCCGUAUUUCACCAGAAACAAAAACCUAUGUUCCACUCAACACUGAAAAUAUUGCUCAGUUUUUGGCAAAAGCACGGUUGUGAUUGGAACAACAUUUCCAAGUUCAAAUUAUGGUCGCUAUUUUCUAUUUUAAAAGACUUCUAUGUAUAAGAACAUGUAAAUUGUGAUGCAAGAAGAAAAAGGUUCAUAUAUUUUUUAACUGGUAGGUGCUAUAUUUUUUUUACAUGUACCAGUGUCGUAUUUAUUGAAACAAAGAGUUUCAUAGCAAUGAUAUAUUUUAUAUCUGUCAAAAGAGUUUGAAGAAAUUUAUUUAAAUAAUUUUUAAUUUUUUUGAAUACCUGGUAAUUGUGAAAUCCAGUUAAUUUAAAUUUAAGUUUAUAUGUAAAUUAACUAGUAAAUGCUUAAUUUACUGAAAAUGUGGUGAUGAAAAUAAGUGCACAUGUACAAAUAUAAAGCCUAACUGGGAAAUAUCAGUAUUAAACAAAGUUUUUUUUUUUUUUUUUUUUUUUUUAAUUAAGGUUUGAAAUGAGCAGUUUGUUCCUCCCUUCAUUACCAGUGAAUUUCAAGUACAUGUAUGAAUUUUUUAAAAUGCAUGCACUUAUUAAAGAUGAAAUAUAGAUUGUUUUAAGGCCAAAAGGGAACUUGAAUUUUGUAACACUAUAACAAAGCAAUAUUUGCUGAUACAUUUAUAUCCAUGUUUUAUUGUAUUAAAGCAGUAUAGUCCAUACCAGUAAUUUUGCAUAAUUUUGACUUUGAUUGAUGUACAUGAAGAAAAAACUGUCUCUGAGAAUACUUGUGAAGUUUGUAAUGUACAAUGUACCGUGUACAUGCAUUCUGUAAGCAUGUUGGUAAGCAAAGAUUUGAUGAAUACUUAUCAUCAUUGAUGUAUACAUACAUGUACAACACCUAAUGAAAAUUGAGAUGAUACUAUUGAUGAACUUUCAUGCUUUUAAGUUGAACGAAUCAUGUUUAAAAAUCUAUUCUUAUACAGGUUCAUGUCUGAAAAUGCUGCUUUGCACACACAGAUUCUUUGUUUUGAUUCUGUUUGUAGCUACAAUGAUUUACAUUGUUAUAAAUGUAAUUUUCUUUUUUUUCCCCAUGUAAUCUAAAAUCAUUAAAUAAUCAGGAUUGCUGUAACUUUGGCCAAGAAGAGAGAGUACAUUUGAAAAUUUUUUUCUCAAAAUGUAUGCAGUUACAGACUAUAUUGCUUUAAGUGUUACAUGUAUGUAUAGUGUAAACAAACUUUUAUAGACUUUUGUUCAAUAUUUUAAUAUGUAUAUUGUAUAAAUUAUCUUGUUACAAUUACACAAUUAUACAUGUGUAUUGAUUUAUAAAUGCAUGGAGAUAUGCAUUGUUGAUUAUUUAUCCUUGGUAAUUAUAGUAUCUGUGAUUCCAUUUUUAUCUUUUAUUUUACAUCAUGUUAAAUA